UCUGCUCCUGCUGCCUUGUGGGAAUGAUAGAAGGAAGGCGGAGCUCAGACCAGGGGAAAAUGGCCGCCGCUCCUGACGUCACUGCACGGUAGAUGCUAGAAUCAAGUGGGCUAAGGGACCUUUUCCAUUUGGGGGAGGAGUUACGACACAAGGGGGAGGAGCUACGCCAGCGGGAUAGUUCCUCUACUGUCCACGCCACCAACUAUUACCUUUAGUAAUUAGGAGGUGAGCGAAGCGGAGCGGAGCGAGCCACCGUGCCCGAAGCGUGACGAGCGAAGCGAGCCCGCGAGGGUACUUUUCGGGUACCCUGUUCGCCCGUAGCUCCUCCCCCUGUCGACGUAGCUCCUCCCCUCAAUACGUCACAAGGUCCCUUCAGCCCCUCCGAUAUAGAACCAACCGUCACUGCACGGACAGGGAACCUAUUGCUGAUGCCUGACUGGUCUACAAGAAAAUGGCCGCCGGCCUCUUCCACUGAGGACAUGUAUGGAACUCCAGCUGUGGGGAACGGAGUCUUUAUUACACAUUACACGUUCUGUAUUCUCUCUGAUUCACAAAGGAUGGACAAGGACAGGAGUCACAGGACUGAAAAGAUAAUAAAUAUCACCCUGGAGAUCAUCUACCUACUGACUGGGGAGGAUUACACAAUAGUGAAUGGGUGUGAGACACCCAGCAGCCAUCCCCGUGUAUCAGGAGGACUGAGUAGAACCCAGAGCCCAAUCACGGUGCCUCCACCUCACUCACUGACACAUGAGAGACACAAUGACAAGAAGAUCCUGGAACUCACCAACAAGAUCAUUCAACUGCUGACUGGAGUGGAGGAGGAGUAUAUAGAGGAACACAGGGGUCUGUACAAGGACGUGAUGAUGGAGAAUCACCGGCCCCUCACAUCACUGGAUGGACCCAGUAACAGAUAUACCCCAGUGAGACGUCCCCGUCCUCUGUAUUCCCAGUAUUGUACAGAGGAGAAUCACAGAACCUCACAGGAGGAUCAGGUAGAACGUCUUUCUCGUAUAAAGGCAGAAGAUAUAAGGAGAGAAGAAGAGACAUAUGUGACUGAUAUAAAGGCAGAAGAUAUAGAGGAAGAAAAAGAGACGUAUGUGACUGAUAUAAAGGCAGAAGAUAUAAGGAGAGAAGAAGAGACGUAUGUGACUGAUAUAAAGGCAAAAGAUACAGAGGAAGAAGAAGAGACGUAUGUGACUGAUAUAAAGGCAGAAGAUACAGAGGGAGAAGAAGAGACGUAUGCGACUGAUAUGAUGACAGAAGAUACAGAGGGAGAAGAAGAGACGUAUGUGACUGAUAUAAAGGCAGAAGAUACAGAGGGAGAAGAAAAGACAUAUGCGACUGAUAUGAUGACAGAAGAUACAGAGGGAGAAGAAGAGACGUAUGUGAGGGGUGAUCAGCAGUGUAAGGAGGAGGAGAUCCCUACAGAUAUCAGCACAGGAGAUGGACACACAAGCAGGAAUAUCUCAGAAGGACAUCUAAUGUUAUCCCUGGAUUCUGAAAUAACGGAUAAUGACCGUAGACAGGAUUCUCCAGGAGAUAACUCCAUUACCCCAAUUAUACAUCCAGCUCUAUCAGCUGAUCCCCCUGAUCCUGGGGAAUGUUCUCCUGAUCACUCUGAUAUUGGUGCAUCUGUUACAGCUCUGAGAGUAGAUACAGUGUUUCCCUGUUCUGUAGAUGCCAAAUGUUUUACACAGAACACAAACCUUAUUACUCAUCAGCCAGCUAAGGCAGGUGAGAGGCCAUUUUCAUGUUCUGAGUGUGGGAAAUGUUUUACAUAUAAAUCAUAUCUUGUUAGACAUGAGAGAAGUCACACAGGUGAGAAGCCGUAUUCCUGUUCUGAGUGUGGGAAAUGUUUCGCACAGAAAUCAGCUCUUGUUACACAUCAGAGAUGUCACACAGGUGUGAAGCCGUAUUCCUGUUCUGAGUGUGGGAAAUGUUUUGCACACAAAUCACAUUUAGUUAUACAUCAGAGAAAUCACACAGGUGAGAUGCCAUUUUCCUGUUCUGAGUGUGGGAAAUGUUUUGCAUGCAAAUCAUAUUUUGUUAUACAUCAGAGAAGUCACACAGGUGAUAAGCCGUAUUCCUGUUCUGAGUGUGGGAAAUGUUUUGCACACAAAUUAUGUUUAGUUAUACAUCAGAGAAGUCACACAGGUGAGAAGCCGUAUUCCUGUUCUGAGUGUGGGAAAUGUUUUGCACACAAAUCACAUUUAGUUAUACAUCAGAGAAGUCACACAGGUGAGAAGCCGUAUUCCUGUUCUGAGUGUGGGAAAUGUUUUGCACACCAAUCACAUUUAGUUAUACAUCAGAGAAAUCACACAGGUGAGAAGCCAUUUUCCUGUUCUGAGUGUGGGAAAUGUUUUGCACGCAAAUCAUAUUUUGUUAUACAUCAGAGAAGUCACACAGGUGAGAUGCCAUUUUCCUGUUCUGAGUGUGGGAAAUGUUUUUCAUCGACAUCACAUCUUGUUAUACAUCAGAGAAGUCACACAGGUGAGAAGCCAUUUUCCUGUUCUGAGUGUGGGAAAUGUUUUUCAUCGACAUCACAUCUUGUUAGACAUCAGAGGAGUCACACAGGUGAGAAGCCAUUUUCCUGUUCUGAGUGUGGGAAAUGUUUUUCAUCGACAUCACAUCUUGUUAGACAUCAGAGGAGUCACACAGGUGAGAAGCCAUUUUCCUGUUCUGAGUGUGGGAAAUGUUUUGCACGGAAAUCAGUUCUUGUUAAACAUCAGCGAUUUCACAGAUGAGAAGCCAUUUUCAUGCUUUGAGAGAAAUAAAUCUGCUCUUGUUGAACAUAUUAGACAUUACCCAAGUACGGAACCAUUUACAUCUUCUGGAGUAUAAUUAUCACUGCCGUCCAAUGUUCCUCAAGGGUGAAUCCGAUCUCUUAUGCUUUAUAAAAUAUACAUGCUACCACUGGGUGAUAUAAUCAGACGUCAUGGCCUGGUCUACCACUGCUAUGCAGAUGACCUGCUUUUUGCACCAUGUACUGAGAACCUAAUACCAAUCCUAAAUGGUUGUCUAGCUGAGCUCCAGGGGUGGAUGAUGCCAGUUGGCUGUGACUCAGUCUUUGUGAAACAUAAUAGAAGCUCACCAACAAAGGACAAGACUACAGCUUUACCAACCAUCUGGAUUUAUGCUUUGGUGUUCAGAAUUGCAAAAUACUAAACAUGUGCUGAAUCUUUGUGUUGUCCUGGUAUGUGGCUGACACAGACAUCAGGUAUCUGCCACAUACUAAUCCUCGUUCUUUCAUCUGUGGACCAUAGCCAGAAUCAAGCACUUGAUUCCCUCAGAAGUUCAUAGACUACUGCAAUACCAUCUACCUGGGUCACCCAGCAAAAGAAUUACAGAGCUUGCAGAUAGUACAUAAUGCAGCAGCCAAGCUGUUACCUAACCAGCCCGUUCCUGCCACAUAACACCCAUUCUCUGCUCCCUUCACCGGCUGCCUCUAAGAUGACAAAUCUAUUUCAUAAUUGGCUAACUGACCUUCCCAGCCCAACAUUACAUGGUCCAAGGAACUAGAAGCAGCUUCUGCCUCCUUACUGCCCUGCUUGCUUGCUUCUACAGAUAAAGGACUGUUACCAGCAGUACCAAGAAUCUCCUGUCAUUCAUUUAUGGGUUGAACGUUUAGCUUUGACCAUGGAACUCACUGCCUUGCACAGUCCAAGAGGCCUCCACUCUAGAGACCUUCACAAGCAGACUGAUGACUGUUACUCAGCUUUUCAUUAAUGUACCUCUAUUUACUUCCUAAAUAAUACAUCCCAAAUGCUUAGGUCUUUUUUCUGCUGUUUAUUUUGUAUCUUGUGCUUUGUGUAAAUGUGAAUGUCUAAUACCAGUUUGCACAAUCUGUAUUGCUGCACGACAAUAUGGCGGCCAUUGGAACGUGUUUUCACUUCUAGUUUGCCUAACUUGUUGCAGACACUCAUCUUGAUCAGGAGUGCUGAGUGUUUUCUUAUACAAGAUCCUAUCCAUAUAUACCCUGUACAUUAUCAUGUGCAUUAGAGUCACCCGGGUUCCAUCUGCGGUGGUUUGUUGUAUGUUACAUCUAUAUGGUGCGGAUACUCCCCUGUAUGAUUUCAUAAUAAAAGCUUUUGUUUGCAUCUAA